AUGCCGUCGAAUAAGGUGCUUGUCGUCACUGGCGCCGUGCUCGCGACAGCUGCCCUCAUCGGCACUGCUGCCAUCACGCGCUCCUACAAGAAGAGCACUGAGGACAACGAUGACGACGCUUUCUGUGCGCCGCUAAGCAGCCUUUCGCAGUCAACGAAGCAGACCUUUUCGGUAGCCAAAAAUACUGCGCGGUCCUCCGAGGCUGCCGCCUCCGAGGCGACUACGUCGCAAGAGAAGACAAAGGCAGCACCAACGACGCAGCCCGCGGCAGCGAAGAAGGAUGCCUCGGCACACGCCGACGUCAAGGUCCCUGCAGCUGCCGACGCGGCGGCGUCGCUUCUUGAGGAGGCGUUGGACGAGCUGGAACCGACGAGACCGGCUGCUUCUGCGGAGGAGACUAAGGUGGCCAGUAAGCGGACAGCCACCAAAGUGGCAGCUGCGGAUACCGCUGAUCGCAAGACGUUCGAGCACCUUGGUAUUUCGAUGAAGGUGCCGGAGGGCUGGGAGGUUCGGGAGGAGCUGUCGCCGAUCCCGAAUGUGGCGAUGGUGACGGUGUGGAACCCGGAGUUCGAGCAUUUUCCGAACGCUGAAAUGCCCGGCGCCGUGCCGGUGAUUAUUCUCUCCGUAGAGGAUAUUCGUGGCGAGAACUUGAACCUUGUCGAGUUCAAGGACCGUUCAAAGGACUUAUCGAUGCAACAGAUGCUUAUGAUGACAGGUGGUGUUGUGCAGCCGAUCGUUCGCAAGGAUAGCAGCGUGCAGGAGGGCUCGUUUCGCCAUAUUCUGGAGUACUCCCAGAGCAUGCCUCCGUUUUUCGACUUGUCGGUUAUCAAUCUGCUGGAGGUGCGCAACGGCGUCGCCUACGUAUUUCAGAUUAUGUGCAACCCGAAGAUCAUGAAUCAGUACCGCCCGAUCUUCACGCAGCUGGCGCGCGAUAUCGUGGUCACCCCGAUGGACUCCAGCUCCCUCGGCUUCUUUCGCGUGCACACCGGCAAGGUCUCCAUGGAUAUCGAUACCACAUGGAGCUGGUCGUACCCGGAUGCUGGCGACGACGCUGCACUCCACCUCGCACAGUUUCAGCUCGCCUCCACCGUGAAGAAAGAGGAGAUCACCCUCUACGAAGUGAGCAAGGCCCCGGCGACUGAGCACAAGCAGCGCAAAGAGAAAACAGUGGAUGGCGUCACGAUUUGCUCUGCCUUUGACGGCACACAGGAGAAGAAGACGUUCACUUACAACGACUACUGCCUUGUUGUUCACCCGCAGCAGAAGGCCAUCUCGUACCUCUCCGAGGCAGCACUGGUGCGCGCCGUGAAAAGUGUGACACCGUCGGCUGAGCCGCCGAAGCCGAAGUGCGGCGCAGCCUUCAUCACAACAGAGUACGGCUACACCUUCGACGUGAUCGGUGCCAGCCGCGUCGUCUCAACGAAGUUGGGCAAUGGCACUGUUGUGUACGCGCCGCAGGGUAUUCCGUCGGACCCGUCCAAGGCCGCGUCGCCUGAGGAGACCGGACCGACUGUCACCAUCCGCAUUGGCAAGCCAGAGACGGACCCUGACUGCAUGGGUAGCAUUGAGGAGUGGACGACCCGCAUACGGGAGGAGGCCGCGAACGGCACCAUCACAAAGAUCCAGGUCGUGCAGUUGAAGGAGCAGGAGUGCCUCACCUUCCUGUCCAAGGAGAUGCAGGAGGUGUCGCCGAAAGAGAGGGUGGAGGUAGUCGGCAAGGUUUUCAUUUUCGUUCGCAAUGGUACGACAACGCUUGUGCGCUGGGAGAGCGCGACGGGGACGUGGCGCAAGUACGAGCGUGAUAUGGAGGCGUUCCUCGAGUCCUUCCAGUUUCUCGAGUCGGCGUAG